UUUCAUUUUCUAUAUAAACUCAUCUUCAAGUGUCUAGUUUCCACAACCCACUCAUUGCUUCAAAAGUUCCUCUACUAGUCUACUAUCAUUGUACUCCUCCAAAAUGUCUUCUCUUGGACCUUUUUUGGCUAUACUUAUAGCAGUUGCCUGUAUGUCUAGCGCCCUGGUUGUGGCUCAAAACUGUGGCUGUGCCUCUGGUUUAUGCUGUAGCAGAUAUGGUUACUGCGGCACCACAGCUGCCUACUGCGGCACUGGGUGCCAACAAGGUCCUUGUUCCUCAACGCCAUCCACCCCGAGUGGUGGUGUUUCGGUCCCAAGUUUGGUGACCGAUGCAUUCUUUAAUGGAAUCAUUAACCAAGCAAGCUCUAGCUGUGCUGGUAAGAGCUUCUACACUAGGUCUGCUUUCUUGAGUGCUCUCAGUUCCUAUCCUCAGUUUGGCAGUGGAUCCUCCGAUGAGGUUAAACGUGAAGUUGCUGCCUUUUUUGCUCAUGCGACGCAUGAAACUGGACAUUUUUGCUACAUAGAGGAGAUUGCCAAAUCAACCUAUUGUCAGUCGAGCACAACAUGGCCAUGCACCACAAAUAAGCAAUACUAUGGACGUGGGCCUCUCCAAAUCACAUGGAACUACAACUACGGACCAGCAGGUCGAAGCAUUGGAUUUGAUGGUUUGAAUGCACCUGAAACAGUUGCCAACGAUGCUGUUAUCGCCUUUAAGACAGCCUUCUGGUUUUGGAUGAACAAUGUCCACUCUCGAAUUGUCUCCGGCAAAGGGUUUGGCUCCACCAUUCGAGCUAUCAAUGGAGGUGAAUGUGGUGGGGGGAACACACCGGCUGUCAACGCUCGUGUUAGGUACUAUACUCAGUAUUGCAAUCAGCUUGGUGUUUCACCUGGGAAUAACCUCUCUUGCUAGUCACAUCAUCGAAGGGUUUCCGUGGUCAAUAUUUACAAGUCUUAGUAUAAGGAAAAUAAAAGACAAUCGAGGGAACUGACUUGUUUUCUUAGCCGUAAGGAAAAUAUGCAUCACUUUGUUAUUUAUAUAUAUUUCAAGUCUACGCUAUUAAUAGGGGUACAGUGAUGAGCUAGUUAUAUAUGUUCUUAUUGCUCUUCU